AACCAACAAUGGAAAAUGGGUGUAAAAUUGUUAUUACUAGCAGAUCGAUUGAUGUAUGCAACUACUUGAGAUGUCAGGUAGUUAAAGUGCCACCUCUACCAGAGCUAGAGUCUUUGAACUUGUUUUUAGAUAAGGUUGGACAAGAUGUUCUACGAAUUCCCAAUUUGGAACAGAUUUUGAAGCUUAUGGUGGCUGAAUGCGCUGGUUUGCCAUUGGCCAUUGUUGUCAUUGCGGGGAGCAUGAGAGGAGUACAAGAUAUUUCUGAGUGGAGAAAUGCAUUACGUGAAUUGCGUCAAUGUGUGGUGGACACAGAGAAAGAUUCAGAAGAUGAGAUAUUUAAUCGUUUGAAGUUCAGUUAUGACCGUCUACCAAAAAAUUCAAGCAUCCAAGAGUGUUUCUUAUAUUGCUCAUUGUAUCCAGAAGAUUGGAAUAUUACAAGAAAAGAUCUAAUUGAAAACUGGAUUUGUGAGGGAACUGUUCAAAAAUUAGGAAGCAGAAGAGAAAUGCAUGAUAAAGGAAAUGCUAUUUUAAAUAGGCUUUUAAACUGUUGUUUGUUAGAGGAAGCCUAUCCUAAGGAGUCUGUUAAGAUGCAUGAUGUUGUGAGGGACAUGGCAUUGCACAUCAAGAGCACGGGUCCUGGUCGGUUUAUGGUAAAAGCUGGAAUGAGAAUGACAAAGAUACCAGAUGAGGAUGAAUGGAAUGAAGACCUAGACAAGGUCUCCCUCAUGGAAAAUGUAAUAUCAUAUAUCCCUCAAAAUGUGUCCCCCAAAUGCUUGAUGCUCUCAACCUUGAUUUUGGAGGGUAAUAAAGGAUUGAGACAAAUUUCAGAGUGUUUUUUUGCAAACAUGCCCAUGCUGAAGUUUCUUGAUCUUUCUAGAACUGACAUUGAGGUUCUACCUAAUUCCAUAUGUAACUUGGAAUAUCUCACUACACUGAUCCUCUGUAGAUGUUGGAAUUUAAAGCGCAUGCCUUCCUUGUCAAAGCUUAAAGCACUGAAGAAGUUGGAUUUGGAUGGAGCAGGCCUUCGUGAGACUCCUGAAGGCAUUGAAAUGUUAGAAAAUCUGGAAUAUCUUGAUUUAUCUUGUCCCAACAUGAGGGUCCUACCAAGAGGAAAAAUCAGUAAGCUCUUCCGCCUCCAAUACCUACGUAAACAUCGGAUUUUUCCAACUGAAAUAAGAGGAGAAGAAGCAGCAGGAUUGAAGAUGCUGGAAUGGUUUGAAGGUACAUUUGAUUUGCUGAAAGACUUCAGCAGUUUUGUUAGCAAGUUGAACCAUUUUGAAAGACCCAGUCAUUACUUUAUCAAAGUGGGAGGCGCAGACAAAGAUAAGGAGGGGCAUUUUUGGAAGUUCAAUAAUAAUGAUCUUCCUAAACAGGUAAUUUUAAUCGGAUGCGAGAUAAGAGAAGAAGAUGAGUUGGUCCUUCCAGAUGACCUUCAGGACUUGAGGAUUGAAUCCUGCAAUGCGGUCGGUGAUACUUCAAUUUUUCAGAAAGAUUUUACUCAAUUGCGAACAUGUGCUUUGAAAAACUGCGUAGGGCUACGGUGUGUGGUCUCUUUGUCAUCAUCUUCAUCUACUUCCUUGACAGUUAUGAAUAACCUUGAAGUACUAACUCUUGAGCGUUCGCUUAGCUUGCGGGAUGUUGUGAAAGUGGAAAAAACAAGAGCAUCGCUUGCACCAACAAUAUCCCCUCACAUCUUUUCCAAUCUUAAACAGCUGAGGGUAUGCUAUUGUUUAAAUUUGAAGAAGCUUUUUCCAUGUGAGCUGUUGCAGGGUCAGGGCCUCCAAAACUUGGAGCUGAUUCAGGUGAAAGAUUGUUGGGGAAUGGAGGAAAUAAUAGGAUGGGCAGAAGAAGAGAAAAGAAAUCAAACAACUACUCCAAUAUUGAUCACUCUUCCAAAAUUAAGGAUAUUGGAGUUGCAAGUCCUACUAGGAUUGAAGAGAAUCUGCCCCGAAAGAGGAGUAAUGGUUUGUGAAUCUCUCAAUAGCAUCACAAUAUCGCAGUGUCUGCAGGUAAAGAGGAUUCCCCUUUGUCUUGGAAGGGAAAACGCGCAACCAUCUUUUCCUGCUGUCAAAUCUAUCUUUAUUUUGAAUCAUAAAAAAUGGUGGGAAUCGUUGGAGUGGGAGAAUCCUGACGAUAAGAUUGUCCUCCUACCUUUCCUCAAAUAUAUUGGGGGCACUUUGGUAUCUAUUGAAUAUGGUUCUGUUUAGCAUUUCCUUCUGCCUCUACGAGUUUCAAUUAUCAAUUGACUAGUUUCUAAUGUGCAGCUCAGCUCAGGGAGCAAGCACCUGAAUGGAUUUCCUGAGUCAUCCAUUGAAUAUCAAUGUGGUCAAUUUGUGUCCACUUUCUAAUGCCCAGCCCAGGCUCCAUCUCUUACCAUCUCAAACCUAUUUCUUCAACUCAGCAACAUUUACAGCUGAGGAAAACAAAAAAAUUGGGACUCACACUCACUUCAAUCCAGUGCAAUCUCUGUUGUAAUUUGUUGUUUUGUGCUAUGGAUGAACUUUGUUUAAUUAAUGAUUGUUUAAGUAAUAUUUGUUUUAUUUUGUAUUGUAAUAAGCAGUAAAACAGACUUGAGAAAUUUCUUGUUUUAUGUUUUGUGACUGUUAACUAUAUCAACUUCAACAUCUUAAUUUCUUUAAUCACAUUAUUGUUCAACUCUUGUGGCAAUUGAACCCACAUAUAUAUAAGUAGGCCACAGCAGACACUAGCUAUGUAUGUAUACAAUUAUAUACAAUUAUAUGAAUUUCUCUCAUAUUUAUUUGACCUAUCAAUUUAGUUAAACUCUUUUGUGGAUAACUUGACAGUCUCUGUAACUUACUUUUAGAUUUUUUUGUAGCCAACACACCCAUAUUUGGAGAUCAACAAUUAUUUUCAAGUCCAAAAUAGGCUCUUACAUACUGCUUCUCUGAAGCUGAGCUCUAGUGCUCAGCAUCUGACUUAAUGGAGUUUAUGUGAAUUGGAUAUAUAUGAGUUGGUAUAGUUGGCUUAUUGUUCAACUCUUGCAGCCAUUCAACCUAUACAUAGGCCAUAACAGACCCAAGGUAUGAAUUUC